CUUCGAUCUGUCACUCCAAGCCAACUUUAACAAAACACCUAGAACACCUCCGACCAGCCCUCAAUUACCUUUUCCUGUGCUUCUCAUUCUGCAACAAUUGAAGGAACCCCCGGCUAAGCCGUCUACUCCCACCAAGAUGUCUACCAUCGCAUCCCCCCGCGAACCACCAGCCCUCACCCGCCGCGUCUCAGCACAACCACACACCCCGACAUCCUCGACCAGACCCUCCCUCGACACCCCUCGCUCCCUCACAAGCUCCCCGAAUCCAGGCUCCUCCGCAACCUUCGGCAACGGGACCGGUCCCGGAGGCCCGGCGCCAGUAGGAGGACCAUCAAAGCGCGCGAACCGAGCCGCCCUCCGCGAGUACUACAACCUCAAAAAGGCCGCCGCGGCCGGCGGGAAUGGUACGCCCCCUUCACUAGAAAUCACAGAAGACCACGAACGCCACGCGGAGCACUCCGAGGUCCCGCCCAGCGAGCUCGACAGCCCGUCCUUUGACGCCGAGGCGUACGUACGCAAGGCGCUGGCGGAGAACACGCUCGACGACCUGCUGCGGGUGUAUACCCGCGUACUAGGCGAGAUCCGGGCGCUGGACGCGGAGAAGAAGGCGUUGGUGUAUGAUAAUUACUCGAAGCUCAUAUCCGCGACGGAGACGAUUCGCAAGGUAAGCAAGAGAAACAGAAUCCCCUUUUAAUCUUUGGCUAUUUCAGGAAUUGCAGAGAAGAGCAAAUCCCCCAGGCGACAUACAGACAAAGAAUGAUCAGAGAAAGAACGAUGAAAGCUAAAGAAAACCCUCGAAACGUUUGAAAACAGAUGCGCGCAAACAUGGACCCCCUGAACCCCAUGGCCUCGACCCUCGACCCUGCGAUCGCGGGCAUCUACGCCCAGGCGAGCUCGAUCCGCGAAGCGCUGCGCAAGACGGUCGCGCCGCCAGCGUCCAAGGAGCGCGAAGACGAGGCGGCGGCGGCGCGGCGGCGGAGGACGCGGGAGCUUGCGAGGGAGGUGCUGGGGACGCCUGAGAAGCUGCGGAG